AUGGGUCGCUUAAAUGGAGCUUGUGUGCUAUUAGAACAAAAGCUAGAAAGAGAGCUGUUAUUCUUUGCUUGUUGCCAUCAUAUAUUUUACAUAAAACCCUGGCUUGGAUGCGACUUGGCAGUACAGGCGUCGUAUCAAGAUUUGUGCUUUUUAAAAACAUUAAAAAAAUAUGAAAAAGUUGACAAAUUACUUUCCCAGGUAGCUUUGACCAAGUUUUGUCAACACUUGUGGUACUUAUCUGAGGAAAUAGCCAUAUUAUCACUAUUCAAUGAUUUAGUCAACGAAACAACCAAGAUGAAAAUAAUAGCUAACUUGGAAUGGGAAAGUAUAUCUGAUUUUGGGAAAAGGUUUAUUUCAUCAAAAGAAGAAAUAGCCAGCUCUUUGUAUGUACAGUACUGUAUAUCUUAUUUAAACUAUACCUACUUUUUGUUUCAGGAUUGUUUUGUGUCUAGGAAGAGCAAAAAUCUGUUUACUAGGUUAAAAAUUAAAAGCAAUUUCCUUCAGGAAAGUGUUUCUUCAUGGGAAGAAAAUGCUUCUUUUGUGAAAGCUAAAAGAAAGGUCCUUUUUCUCAAGGCGGUGAAUGAUACAGCUGAAAGAGCUGUUAAAUUAGUGCAAGAUUUUCAUGGGUUAAUUACCGCAGAUGAAGAACAGAAGCAGUUUCUUUUACACUGUGUGCAAGAACACAGAAAACUGUAUCCAGACUGUAAAAAGGAGACAUUGAAUAGAAAAUAUCCACAAUAAUUUACAUUCAUACAAAUUUUAAAUAUUCUUUGUUGUCUGAUUUCCUUAUUUACCCAAUUAUUUAAUAUUACAAUGAUCUAGUCAUGUAUAUAUAUAUAUGUAUGUAUUAUAAUGAUGUAGUUGAGUGAUAGUCAAAAAUGACUUUAUAAAAACUUUGAGG